AUGCCCGAUGGUUACUCUUCUAACUUAGCAAGAUGUGCUGAUGCAAAAACAAGAAAGCUACAUGGAAUGAAAAGUCAUGAUUGUCAUGUUUUUAUGGAACGAUUGCUUCCAAUUGCAUUCAGUUCACUUCCUAAGCAUGUUCUUAAUCCACUAAUUGAGAUUAGUCAAUUUUUUAAAGACAUUUGUGCGUCAACUUUACGAGUGGAUGACAUCUUUAAGUUGGACAAAAAUAUUCCCAUCAUUCUCUGCAAGUUAGAGCAAAUAUUUCCCCCUGGUUUCUUUGAUUCUAUGGAGCAUCUCCCUGUGCAUGUUGCUUACGAAGCUUACCUUGGUGGACCUGUUUAA